AUGGGUUUGCAGGAGUUGUCUCUUAUUUUUUCUUGUGUCAGGAGAGGAAGACGUGCUAUGAAGAAGGUUCAAAGGGUGGGAACAUGGUUGCCACCUCAAGAUGAUUUCUUAAAGAUUGACAUUGAUGGCUCAUCCUGGGGUAAUCCAGGUCCUUCUGGGAUUGGAGGUGUUGGUAGGGACCGAUUGGGGGAGGUGGUUUUCUUCUUUUCAGUGCACAAAGGACAACAAGCUCAUAAUUUUAUGGAGGGAUUAUCAAUUCUCUAUGCUCUAGAGAGAUCUUAUGUGUUGGGGUGGCAUAAGGCUAUAUGCGAAUCAGACUCACAGAUUAUUGUUAAUUUGCUAAUUGAGCAGAAGGUGGUUGGGAUUAAUUGGCAGCUGGAAGGGAUUGUUCACCAGAUCUUGCAGGUCAGUGCCAUUAUGGAUAAGGUGUCUUUCAUACACAUUCCUCAUGAAUGGAAUAGAGUGGCUGAUUGUUUGGCUAAGUGCACUUCAAAACAUGGUGAUGAAUGGAAAGUUGAGGGUUGGGAGAAUCUUUCCUAG